GAAGGAAAAGAGAGAGAGAGAAAAGGAGAAAGGGAUUGUGGUCAGGGGAAAAGGACCAGUUCUCACAAGGGUCUUGUGACUUUGCAGUCAGGGGUUGUGAGGCUUGGAAAGCGAGCGAUGGAUAAAAGAAGAGAUGGAGUGGUCAUAGAUGAGCAGAGAGGAAGAGACACGGAAGGAGGGGUGGGAUGGACAGAGAGGUGAAGAUAAACUGCCCACUGCAGAUUAUUACGGGACAAGAGAGGGCAAGGGAAGCGAGGGAGGGAGGGAGGAAGAGAGUGAACUGUACAGUACAACUUGAAAGAAGAGACAAAAGCACUUGAUGCUGACUCUGAGGAAACAGACGAGGGAGAAGAUGAGGGCGCUUGACUGACGGCAGAACCCCCGAGAAGGAGGAGACGAGAGAAACCGCAUUCCUCGGGACCACUCCCAAGACGUAUGACCGAACUUAAUGAGCUGUUUGUAAGGUUGAGAACUUCAAGGGAUCUGCACCAACUUAAAGACAGAUCUGCGAAGGACUGACGUAUUUUUGCACAGGACUGCCACAGGAAGUAGGAGGCCGCCGAACGCUUUGAAUCCGGAUUCGAGAUGCCACCUCAGUGGCUGUCGCAGUGACCGAGACAGUGCCAGAUGUUGAUCCUGCGUAUAACUAAACUGUGUAUUACCUCAGUGACUUCUAGAUGGACAAAUGAUUCCAGUUUGAGGCACUAGGGCGCCCAUUAGUCUCAAAUUUCGGUGUUAACAUCAACAAAGCACGGAUUUAAAAGCCACUUAGGACUUGAAAUAUGAUCGUUUUAACAGCGAAAGGGUGUCUGUUGCUUCAAAGUCGCAAUUCCACAUCGUACUCAUCUGGAUCUAUAGAAUGAAUUUCCAUUUUUCGGCAGCUCCUGUAUCACGAUGAAAUCUUGAAUGCGAUCCUGAAUAUCGCAGCGUCGCCGCAGCACGGCGGAGUUUGAAAUGCUCUUGUCUGUUGUUGACACUUGCAAAUAACAUUUGCGGCCCAGGAUGGCUUUUACACAUCUGGACUGUGUACAAGAACUGCAAUCCAGCUCUUUAUUUAUGCGCUGGGGCUUUCAAGAAGAAUGACCUAACAUGGAAACGCUGACUUCUCUUCUCAUCUCCAGAAUAAGUGUAACUAGACCGGACUCUUUUUCCCAUGCACACUGCUAGCUUGACGUUCUGCCAAAAAUAUCCCCUGAUUUUCCUUUUAAAUAUUCUUCUAAAGGAGCUAAUGAAAUGAAUCUUUCUUUCUGAGACACCCUGCGUCUGGCGCCAUGCUAUAUCGGCCAGUUGGCUUCGUCCCGUGUUAGUACACACACUAGCAGAUUAAUACUUCCAGUAGUUCUACAAGUUCUGGUGCCAGGAGUCGUGAAUCACCGCAGUCAUGGGUAUUCAGGGAAUGGAGCUGUUUGCCAUCGGAGUGGUCAUCAUUCUGUUCGUGGCCGUUCUUAAACAGUUCGGCAUUCUGGAGCCCAUGUCGCUGGAAGACAGCAGUGACAGUGACCUAGAGCUGUCCACGGUGCGACAUCAGCCCGAGGGUCUGGAGCAGCUGCAGGCUCAGACCAAAUUCACCAAGAAGGAGCUGCAGUCCCUUUAUAGGGGCUUUAAAAAUGAGUGCCCAAGUGGUUUGGUUGAUGAGGAAACUUUCAAGACCAUCUACUCUCAGUUCUUUCCCCAAGGGGAUGCCACCACAUACGCCCACUUCCUGUUUAAUGCAUUUGAUCUCGACAGAAAUGGCUCAAUUCGUUUUGAGGACUUUGUGAUUGGUCUGUCCGUGUUGCUGAGAGGAUCUGUCACUGAAAAGCUCAACUGGGCUUUCAACCUGUACGACAUUAACAAGGAUGGAUACAUCACUAAAGAGGAGAUGCUGUUAAUUAUGAAGUCAAUCUACGACAUGAUGGGCAGGUACACCUACCCCAGUGUGCGAGAUGAAGCUCCGUCUGAACAUGUGGAAAAAUUCUUCCAGAAAAUGGACAGAAAUCGAGAUGGUGUGGUCACUAUUGAGGAGUUUAUUGAAACCUGUCAGAAAGACGAAAACAUCAUGAACUCCAUGCAGCUCUUUGAAAAUGUGAUAUAGGAUGGAAGGGGAGCGAUCUAAAGCUAAAACAGCCCUCAGUGUCCCAAUCCAGUUCUCUCCACAUGUCUAUAUACCAAACUAGCACAGCAGCCACUCUCUGUCUUGUCCUGUAGCACUACUCCCAUGCCUGCUGCACUCCGUAGAAUCGUAUAGACCAACACAUAGCCUACAAUAAGGCAUCACAGUUUGUACUUCACAGCAGGACUACUUUUAAAAAGAAAAGCCUGGACGGCUGGGAUCCUUCUAGUUGCUAAAUACCGGCAACCAUGUGGUGGAACUUUCGGAUCAGAGUGAACAAAUGAAGUAGCAAAGCCACGUUUUGUAUCACUGGUUGAUGGAUUCCAAUGGGCUCUCUGACGUCCGUGUAAAAACCAUCACCGCUCUGGACUGCUAUCUUCUGCCUUAUGAAUGAGGGACAUUACAAGACUCAAUUUCAACCUUCCAGCACCAUAGUUUGAAGGAGAGGACAGUGACUAUGGAUUUCAAGGGACCCAAAGGAGCGUCUAGCACCAAUGAUGAUUUGAAGCACACCAGAGACUAUACGUAAUACUCACCAAAAGAACAAAAUAAAUGUGAUGAAAACCGACCUGAAGCAUGCCUGUCCAAAUAUGUGAGAUAUUUGUUAUUUUCUUGCAUGGAGACUGACAAAAGUUGUACAUUUUCUUCCUUGUAAGCCAGUAGGUCCCACAGAAGACUGUAAGCAAACUUAAGCAACUGUAUGCGUGAAGUUACAUAGUGUACCGAUGUUCAUAAGUUCUGCUCAAACCUGUAUUGCACAUAUCAGUGGGGCCAGGAUGAUUUGUUUGGUCACAUUUGAUUCUUGCACAGCAAUGAGGUAUAUUAAAAGUUAUAUUUACAGUGUAGGCAUUUUAGAAGUAUAGAAGUAUGUGUUUUAUUUUCAGGAAUGUAUUUAUUUGUCAGGCGGCGUCUAAUGGAAUGCAGGGUUUGGGCAUGAACGGACAUGUCCUGGUUAUUAAACAUGUGGUUUACAAGUUUUAUUAAGCUCAUUUGAAAAAAAAAAAUUAUUUAGAUUUUACUAUAUAUAUAUUUGAAAAAGACUGAGAUAUAUAUAUAUAUAUAUACUGUACUAGAAGCUUGUUUAUCUUUAUUUUUUUUGCUUUUGCCCACAUGUUGGUUUGUAAAAGUUACAUAUUAUUUUAUCAAGUACAAGACGCAAUGGGAAACCUUGGGAAUCUCAUUUUUGACAGUUGUAUUAUCAGGAAUAUGGAUAGCUUUUACUCCUACCUAACAGUCCCCUUUUAUUUGGGGAUGGUGGGAGACUAUUGCUCACCUAUAAAGCAACAAAUACUAUGAUGAAGGUGACGUUAAAGAUUCAAAGUUAAUUAAAAGUGUUUUCAGUUCAUUUUCAGUAGCAACACCUAAAUUACCCUAAAAGCUCUCAUUUAUUUAUUCUUUGUUUGGUUGGAGCAGAUAGAGUUUAAUGUAGAUCCAAUUAAUAAAAGAUGCACUAAUC